CAGCCGCGCCGUCUAGCAGCUCCUGUUCAAACUGCAGCAAGAAAAUGGCUGAAGAAGUUUCACUUCGGCCGCAGGGGCAGCAGCGGGCCUUCGUUCAGAGCGAUGCGGACGUUUUCCGACGCUGCACCGCCAAAUUCCUAAGCCUGGUGCCACGGGAAGGAGAGGAGUUCAAGAUAGAGCUGAAUAUACUCUUGGACGAGCUCAACUCGCUCGACUAUCAGACCCCGAAAUUUGUAGAUGAGAAGCUGGCUGUGGGACUAGUAUGCAAGGCCUGUGAACUGGUCCCUCUGAACUAUGAGCUCCUGGUCACAAAAGUUUGCCAUUUACUCAGGCACCUUGUUGGAUUCAGUGGACAAAAGGUUGUGAUCCAGGGCAGAUCACUGGAGACAUGUGUAGAGUACGUGAUGCGCGCAGUGUCCGUCUGCAGACCAUGGACUCUGCCUGACAUCCUCCGCACACUGGCACAGCUUUUGUACCAGAGGGGGCCCGCUGUUGCCAUGUACUUAGACCAGCUGAUUGGUCCAGAAGGUCUGUUGAUGCAGUUUGUGCAACCUGAGUAUCCCGACUUGGACAUCAAGAAGGUUGCAAUAGCGUGCGUGUACAACCUCUGCCUUCAGAGUCCGGAGGGUCAGACCAUCCCUGAUGAAUACCUGAGGAAAGUGUACACCAUCCUGAUGGCAGUCCUACAGACACCCAAACCUGAACAGGUCGAUGAUAUCCUGUUUGCCAAGCUGAUCCUGUGUACCCUACAAGGCAUGAGGAACCUGCUGUCAGUUACCACAGACAUCCAGCCUGGGAGUCUGGGGUCUCUCCUAGCAGUCUGCAGGGUAUACAUGUUAUAUGGCUUACCUGGUCAGACUCUACAGGUGCCUGCCACACUCUACCCCACCCCGGUGUCACAGUACGACCCCAGUCCUAAGAGAGCCACCACCAAGGACAGGGACUCUGACAAAGAAGAUACCUCAGCCCAAUCCACCCCCAGGGGAAGGAGAGUGAAGAAGAAGAGACAGAGAAAGCAACAGCAGACAGACCAGGACACAGCUAAGCCUGACGUACGACCGAUGCAGAACACCCCCUCUUGGUCUCCUGCCGGCAGGGCCCCCCCUGUUAGCACACCCCCCAGGAGUCCCCUCAAGGCACAUGACAGGCACAGGAGAGAGAGAGGAGACAGUACUGGAGGAUACUCCUCCUCAGAAGGAAGUGACUACCGCUCCAGCUGGAGAGGCCUGGCUAGCAGCUCGGAGUCGGAGUACUCUGACAAUGAGGCGGGACAUCUCACCAGACUAAGGUCGAUCCUGUCCCGAGUGCGGGAGGUUGCCCUGAACUGUCUCCACAACACGGCACAGAUGACUGACAAGCGGCUCAUGUUCGGGUACUGGUCACACCUCCUCCCAGAAUGCAGCAGUGUGGGGGCACCCCAAAGUCCCACUCUGUUCACAAGUAUACUGAAGGAUCCGGCACCAAAGGCACGUGGGAAUGCCCUGCUGGUCUUGUCUUCUCUGGUGGAUGGAAGCAAACAGUACCUGGCUGCAGCUGAGGAAACGGCCCCCAAACAGACUGCCUUCACCCCCUACUCUGUGACUCUGGGCUCCACUGUGAAGGAGAUCCACAGAUGUCUGCUGCUGGCUCUGGCAGCGGAGAGCAAUGUGCACACACUCUUCUAUCUGCUCAAGUGUUUUGCGACAUUGAUUCCCAACGUGCCUUACCACCGGCUCCAGCCUGGCCUGAUCACCAAGGUGGUGCGACAGAUCAGACCACUCCUCAGCCACAAAGAGUAUGACAUCCAGGUGGCAUCCUUAACUUGCUUCCACUCCAUCCUGUCAGUGCAGGCGCCACUCCAAGAGGUUACACAGGUCAUGAAGACAGUGAGUUCCACACCACAGGUCCAGGCAAAAGUCUCCCAACCGCCCUCCGCAACAUCAUCACAACAACUCAGGACGGAACCACAGCAAGGAACAAACCCUGCGAAGGCUGGCGACCACAGAGAGACAGUACAUGUACAAGAGUCUGUAGAAAAGAUGAACAUUAACAGCAGUGUAGAGACAACCGGACAAGAUUCAACAACAGAGGGAGGAGCGUCGUCUGAGAGUAACAAAGAAGAAGGAAACAGGGAAAGGACACAGAUAAUGGAAAGUGAGAGUGAAGGCGUGGCCAAGGUGUGGCUGUUGGACUGGUGUCUCAGGAUGGUCAGCCUCAGACACGCCCAGGUCAUGGGGUCAACCCUUCCCAUCAUUCCUGUCAGGACAGAGGCCAUUCAGGUCAUGACCCAGAUGGCAAAGGGCUACUUCCCGUUCAUCAGACCCCACCUAGCGGAGCUGUCCCAGGUUUUCUGCGGGGUUCUACAGGAGCAGAACACAGCGUUACAACUACAGGGAGGAAAGUUUGUGGAGGAAGUUGGAGCAGUCCUAGUGAAGGAGGUAGAGUCCACAGCACCCGAGUCCCUGACAGACAGAGAGGCUGCAGACUUCUGGGUACCCCUGCUGAGUGGCCCCCUCCCCUCGGCCCUACAGAACCUGGACCACACCUUACUCAGGAGCUGUGGCUGCCAGUGUCUGGCCAACACAGGGGCUCAGGUCUUCCAGCUGUUAUCAACAGACAAACACAUCCUGUGCAUCACCCUGCUGCUGGGACUGACUAAUGAUGAGGAGUGGAGUGUGAGGGGAGCUGCCGUCCACGCACUGGGAGUCUACGUGCUGUACCCAUGUCUCAAGGAGGACAUCUCGUUUCUGGCGGACGUUGCGCAGGCCUGUACGCUCGGUCUGGAGGAGAAGAACCUCAGCUGUCGAUGGAAGGCUGCCUGGUCGCUAGGCAACCUCAGCAACACCAUCGUCAGCAACAAAGAGGAGCUGGGGGCAGAUUUCACCGAUAACUUCUCGGACGUCCUUCUGCAGAGCUUGUUUAACCUUGCCCUGAAGGGUGCGGCUGACCAUGACAAGGUCAAGUCCAAUGCUGUCAGGACUUUGGGGAACUUGGUCAGGUUUCUCCGGCCUGACGCUUUUGACAAGAUCAACUUCCGCCAGUACGUAGAGCAGACAGCCCAGGUCCUCACUAAGUGUGUGAAGACAGGCAUGGCUAAGGUGCGGUGGAAUGCCUGCUAUGCUGUAGGAAACAUGUUUAACAACCCUGCCCUGCCCCUGGGGGCCGCACCCUGGGCUCCCGCCCUGUUCAGUGCCCUGCAGGAGGCCAUCAAAGAUUGCAAGAACUUCAAGGUUCGAAUCAACGCCACCCUGGCCCUCACCGUCCCGACCCUCCGGGAGCACUUUGGGAGUAAGGAGCAGUUCUCGGAGCUGUGGGGGUGUCUCGCUGACGCUCUGGUCGGUACGGAACGGGUAGAGGACUUCAGCGAGUUCAAGUACAGGGAUACACUAAGGGAACAGCUUUGCAGUAGCCUGGUGCAUCUGACUGGACUUGCUGGCAGAGAGGACCUUCCUGGCCUGCACUUCCACCUACAGGGCAAGGGGGAGCUGUUGCACACGUACCUUACCAGGUAUAGAGAGAGCUUGGGACAAAGUACUACAGCAGAGACCUCCAAGAAAGUUGAAGAGCUGGUCAGGGCGCAGGACCACUUCCGGCAGCUUGCAGGACAACACAUGACAGACAAGGAGGCAACUAUUUGUCACAACCUGUCCACCAUCUUUGCUGAUACGGCAACAUCCUCAUAGUUUUCAGUUCUGGUUGCCAUUUUGCCAUGAAAAUCGGCAAAGUGUCAUUGCUUGCACAUAUGGCUGUCUAUAAAAGUGGGCCAUCAUAUUAGGCCAUCUCUCCAAAUUAAAUUGUUCUAAGUAAGGCCGCAUGGUGGUUUGAUUAUAUGGUUGACAUCCUCUGGGUACCCUAAAAUUGAUGCAAAAAAAGUUUGGCAAAAAUAAAUGUGCAUUCAUUGUAAAAUCUAAGUGGUCAGGAAGGUUGACCAAAAACAAAAAAAAUGGUAACAAUUGACUGAAAACACAGAACGUGGUUUGCGAAAUUUUGUUAUGUCACCUCUUCUUUGUAGAGUAGACUUUGAAAUUGACUUCGUCAUUCUACAACAAAAUGGAUACAACAUUUGCCGAUAUUUUUUUCAAAGCUAUUCAGUUUCAUUUGCAUAUUUUACAGCUUCUUUAAAUGACUUAAAGUAUGGUCUCAACUUGCAAACUGUUUUUUUUUAGAAAACAUAAAAAUAGAUGUGCCCAUCCCCCACAUAAUUGAGUCAGUGUGGCAUUUGCUGUUUUGUGAUAUGUACUGCCAUGCAUGAAGUAAUAAAAAUGCUUAAUCAUACCAGGGGGAUCACCACAGCAGGCCUAUCCUAAUAACUGUUUGUCUGCCAAGAUUUCUCAUGGCCAAUUUCAGUAGGUUGCAUUUUAGUGCGGGGCCUCAUGGUAGUGAUUUUUUGAAAGCCAUAUAUAAGGCAACUAUCAAUCAAUGUGAAUCAUCAUAAAAAAAUAAACUGUGGUCUUUAUGUAAACCACUUCUGAUUAGAAGGUUGUCAAAGUUACUUUAAGGUCUUUUGCAUAUAAGUUGCAUAUACAUGACCUGAAAUAUUCAAAUUAUGAUAUGCAAAUUGGGUACAUUGAAGCACCUUACAUAGAGUGUGCCUACUGUUUGUAGUUAUUGAUUCAGAUCCUACAUUGGAAAAUUGAAGGUGACCCCAAUUUCCUUUUGCAUAAUAGCAUCCUGCAUUGGUUUUCAGUUCCCUAGGUCUGUGUGUAUAAUGUUGUGCUGUUCAAUUGAAAGAACAUCUUCUCCAUACAAUAAACUAAAACAUGCUGCUAGUGGUA